AGCCGCUGCUAAGGGUCAAGGGGAUCAUGGAGAAAGAACACGAAUUCAGAGCUGAGUGAGUACGACUGCAAGAAUUUUAGGACACUCACCGAGCAAUGGGCAAGAAUCCGCCAAUACCGGUUCCAGAUCAGUAAAUGGAAGCUAGACAAGAAGAUCAAGUGGAAGGAGAUGCAAGCUAUCGUGAGGAAGAUGCUGAAGCAAAGGAUCCCGUAGCCGGACCAACCAGAGCUCACCUCGAUGUCAGGGGCUGUGAGGUGGAGACUCGGAAGAUAUUUCAUUGGAUGCAUGAGUACAAUAUCGCACAAGACGCGUUGUACGCGCCGAGUCCCGUAGCUUGUAGGUGCCCACGAAGUGCGUCCAUUUCAUCGCUUUACUGGUUAUACCCAGCAACACCAUCUGCGGUCAACUGCCGCACCAUUUCCGGGAGAGGCGCUCCAGCACCCAGCAGCCCAACCAAUCUCAGAGACUAUCCUCCGGGUCUCCUCGGUGCGAUAGUUCAGGCGGUUUCUCGGAUCCAAAAUUGCAAGACCGACAUAGUAUGCCUGCGUCUGGACAGCUGCAGUAUCCUUCGGGUUUCGGAGGCAAUUUCCCAAUUACCAACCUUCCAAUGCACAACGAACCGUUGGCAGGACCCUGGACUGUUGCCGCACCGCCGCACAACGACUAUCGCUCCAGAACCAUGGGAUUCACGUUGCCGUUACUACCUGGCUGGGAGUUUUUUCAGAGCCCAGAUGGGACUGUACGGAUGUGGUAUGCUCUCGACACGCACAUAAAAAAACCGAAACACGAGCAGUAUGGUGGUUUUGCCUACAACUAGUAUGUUCUGUCGCUUGGACAGGGAGACGGAGUGGAAUGAACAGUUUGGAGGCGGCCCCUGGGUGUUCACAGAUGAGAUGUUCCAUUCAAAAGCUAGUGUAUUGUCUAAUAUUAACUUGAAAACUGGAAGUUUCAU